CUGAAGAAGGACCGGCAGCUCACCCUGCUCCAGGACGACCGUCACGACAGCGGCCUCGACUCCAUGAAGGACGAGGAGUACGAGAACCUGGUCCGGGAGUUGGAGGACAUCCACCUCCAGCCCGCCGAAGCCGCCGCGGGGCUCCAGAGCGGCGCCGGCCAGCCGGGCCAGGCGUGGAAACAGCAAGUGACCGAGGACGGAGACACAAUUCUCCAUCUGGCGAUUAUACACGAAGAAAAAUUCUUGAGUUUGGAAAUCAUUCACCAGGCAGGACGAGACACAGACUUCUUGAAUUUCCAGAAUAACCUCAACCAGACACCGCUUCAUUUGGCUGUGAUCACAGACCAACCUGAAAUUGCAGAGACUCUCCUGAAAGCCGGAUGUGAUGCAGAGAUCAGAGAUUUCCGAGGAAACACACCGCUCCACAUUGCUUGCGAGCAAGGCUCUCUCCGAGGUGUUGGUGUGCUCACGCAGUACUGCCUGAAACAUCAAAUCAGCUCUCUUCUGCAGUCAUCAAACUACAACGGACACACAUGUCUCCAUCUGGCUUCUAUUCAAGGCUAUUUGGCCAUUGUAGAGCAUCUCCUAUCCUUGGGAGCAGAUGUCAAUGCUCAGGAACCUUGUAAUGGAAGGACUGCCUUGCAUUUGGCUGUUGAUCUGCAGAAUCAAGAACUGGUGUCCCUUCUCUUGAAACAUGGAGCAGAUGUAAACAAAGUCACCUACCAGGGCUAUUCGCCAUACCAACUGACGUGGGGAAGAAGCAACUCAUUCAUACAGGAACAGCUGAGGCAGUUCACCACAGCAGACCUCCAGACGCUGCCAGAAAGUGAAGAUGAGAGCUGUGAAUCGGAAUCAGAGUUCACAGAAGAUGAACUUCUCUAUGAUGACUGCAUAAUUGGUGGAUGGCAUGUACCUUGUUAAAGUGGGAAAGUAGUGGAGAAAAAACAGACAAACACCAUGUGAACAAUAACUGGAUUGGACCAGGAAGCACAGAGCACUCUGUUAGAACAGCAAGUGCUAUGUACGCAGUCCAAGGCACUGUUUGAGCAUGAAUGACGGUCAAACACCAGAAGAGGUCUGGGCCCCAUUUGUGCCAGGGAGCUGAUUG